AUGCUUGCUUCAAUACUAGAAUCGGGAUUCCUUCAUCAUGACAACGUCUUAUGGUCAGCUAUGCUGGCUACCUUUCUGAAUGUUGACCACAUUCGGACUCGUUUUUCCUCGAAUAGGCAACGACAGUUGCCAAACGACAAUUUUCACUCUUACCUCCAAAGGAAAGAUCUCUUUGCUCUAGGACGGUGUCCAUCUGUGUUGCGCUCGUUCAGCCCCCACUCUGGACUUUUCCACUUGGCUACAAUAUUCCAGCAAGUUCUCGCGGUUGUCAAGGCUCUCCUGUCACAGCUCUUCUCAUGCUCAUCCACCUUCAUCCCAACACACACGCACAUAUCUUUUCCAUGUCACAACCAACAGGUUUUGUACACCUUUCCCAUUGAGUUCAGGUGUAACUCGUCUACUCAUUUCACAACAUUUGGGGAUACCAAACUGAUUUCUAACGUGAGCCUUGUUCUACUUCGUCUGGCAAUUGAGAAACUGGCAAUUGAGAAACUGGCAAUUAAAAAGGGUUUAGCCACUAAAUUUCUGACAGUCUCUAUUCGCUUGCAAGGUUGCCGUAAAGAGAGCGAUUAUGGAAAAAUUUGGCUAUAA